AAGACAUUGCCCACAUCUGCAAAGCCAGGUCCAGCACCCAUAGCACGUGAGCCGACCCAAGCAGUACUAGUAAGCGUGCAGAGAUGCCCGAUGCUGCAGCUCACCUGCCCUUUUACUAUGGCAGCAUUGCAAGAUCAGAAGCUGAGGAGUACCUCAAGCUGGCAGGCAUGUCAGAUGGCCUGUUCCUGCUGCGGCAAUGCCUGCGCAAUCUGGGGGGGUACGUCCUCUCCAUGGUCUGCAACCUGCAAUUUUAUCACUACUCCAUCGAGCGCCAGAUGAAUGGUACCUAUGCAAUCGCAGGGGGCAAGGCACACUGUGGUCCAGAGGAGCUCUGUGAGUUCUACUCAAAGGAUGCUGAUGGACUCUGCUGCACCCUCCGCAAACCUUGCAAUCGCCCCAGUGGUGUGGAGCCCCAGCCUGGUGUCUUUGACAGCAUGAGGGACAAUAUGGUGCGCGAAUAUGUCCGGCAGACAUGGAGACUAGAGGGGGAUGCACUCGAGCAGGCCAUUAUAAGUCAGGCUCCACAGGUGGAGAAACUCAUCGCCACCACUGCACAUGAGAGGAUGCCCUGGUAUCAUGGUAACAUUGCUCGUGAUGAAGCUGAACGGAGGCUCUACUCUGGAGCACAACCUGAUGGGAAAUUUCUGCUGAGAGAAAGGAAGGAAAACGGCACUUAUGCUCUCUCCCUUGUCUAUGGCAAAACCGUGUAUCACUAUCGCAUAGACCAGGACAAAUCCGGCAAGUACUCCAUCCCGGAGGGAACCAAGUUUGACACACUCUGGCAGCUGGUGGAGUACUUAAAACUCAAACCAGAUGGACUGAUAUUCUACCUGAAGGAAAGCUGCUCCAACCCCAAUAUGCCAGCUUCUGCAGCACCAGUUCCACCAACCCACCCCUCCGUAAGCAGGCAGCUUGGGACUCUUAAUGCAGAUGGAUACACACCAGAGCCUAUAGGUGCAGGAAAGUCACGUCUGCUACCAAUGGAUACCAGCGUUUAUGAGAGCCCUUACAGUGACCCUGAGGAACUGAAGGAUAAGAAACUCUUCCUGAAAAGGGACCACCUGAUGAUCGAUGAAGUGGAACUAGGGGCAGGAAACUUUGGCUGUGUCAAGAAAGGAGUUUACAAAAUGAGAAAGAAGCAGAUUGAUGUGGCCAUCAAGGUCCUGAAGAGCAACAACGAGAAAACAGUGAAAGAUGAAAUGAUGAAGGAAGCCCAGAUCAUGCACCAGCUAGACAACCCCUAUAUUGUCCGCAUGAUUGGGGUCUGUGAGGCAGAAUCCCUGAUGCUUGUGAUGGAGAUGGCUUCUGGAGGGCCACUGAAUAAAUUCUUGGCUUCCAAGAAAGAUGAGAUUGCAGUCAGCAAUGUGGUGGAGCUGAUGCAUCAAGUAUCCAUGGGGAUGAAAUACUUGGAGGAAAAAAACUUUGUCCACAGGGACCUGGCAGCCAGAAAUGUCCUGCUGGUCAACCAGCAUUAUGCCAAAAUCAGUGAUUUUGGACUCUCCAAGGCUCUUGGUGCUGAUGACAGCUAUUACAAGGCCAGGACAGCAGGAAAGUGGCCCUUGAAAUGGUAUGCCCCAGAGUGCAUCCUCUAUCACAAGUUCUCCAGCAAAAGUGAUGUAUGGAGUUAUGGUGUGACCAUGUGGGAGGCCUUCAGUUAUGGGCAGAAACCAUAUAAGAAAAUGAAAGGCCCUGAGGUCAUCAGUUUCAUAGAGCAAGGCAAGCGCAUGGACUGCCCCACGGACUGCCCGGCAGAGAUGUAUGCCCUCAUGCAGCAGUGCUGGAUCUACAGAUGGGAAGAACGUCCAGGGUUUCUUUCUGUGGAAAACACAAUCCGCUCCUACUACUACAGUAUUGCUACCAAGACAGAAAAUGGAUCAGAGACAGAGGACAAGUCAAAAGCAGCUCUUCACUGA